AUGUACUGGACCACGGCAUUAUCGACAGCGACGCUGCUCGCGCCCCACACCCUCGCCGAAAUCAUCCCGCUGCCCGCCGACCCCUCCAUCCAUGCCGGAUCCUCCGGCCUCCUGCAGCACCACGCCCAGGACAUGUCCAGCCAAUACAUCUCGCGGCGGCAGUCCUCCCCCGAGGACGAGACCCAGGGCGCCGCGCCCCUGACCCCGGACGGCUCGAUGGACUGGGACGCGUGGGACAGCAGGACGGUAGCGGCCUGCAUGCAGGCGCUGGGACGGCUGGACACGGCCUCCAACCCUUCGGGCACGUCCAUCUGCUACAACCUGCCCAUGCUGAACCGGACCAGCGGCAUCUUCGGCGCCGACCUUCGCUUGUUCAAGGUGUCCGAGCCGUCGGGGUCUUGGGUCAACAUCCCGCCCGAGAAUAUCGAGGUCACUGUCGGCUUCCGCGGUGCUGCCGUGUCGGCGGUGGACCCGAAUCGCGGAGAGGCGCAGCAGCAGCAGCAGCAGCAGCAGCAGCAAAACAGGGUGAAGCGGCAGGACAAUGCGGGACAAAGGAACAGGACCACGGAGCUGCUGCAGACCUAUUUCUUCAUCGGACAGAUCGGCCGGGAACACAUGGAGGCGAACAUGACCAGCGCCGAAAUAGAAGCCCUCGUCAUGCCGAUCCUGACCCUCAGCGCCACGAACCCCGACGGCGUCACCCUCACCACCAACGUCUCCUCCAACGAGGCAGCCUUCCUCACCGGCGUCUUUUCCGACGAGGAGAACCUGUCGGAUUUCACCCGCGCCGACCGCGCCGUGGCCAACAUCACCAGGGCGCUGGAGAACGCCGAGGUGGCCUUUGUGCUGCCCGGCGUGCAGAUCCUCAUCUUCCCCAUUGGGCUCGUUAUCAUCGCCGUGUGGACGCUCAUUGGGGUCGCCGCUUACGGGUUUGGCACGUACGAGCGCGUCCAGUACGCCGAGAGCUUUAAGCGGAGACAGGCUCUUGCGGGUAACGCCAGAUCCCGGAUAUAA